GCGGCCGCGCAGGAGGGAAAGUUCGGCGGCGGCCGGAGCAGCAGGAGCGCCGAGCCGGGACUGGGCAGCCCGCGGAGCGCCUCGGGGCCUUCUAAUCUUUGUUUGAAAAGUGGGCUUCCAGAACGGGCUCAGUUGUUGGCAGAGUGUUCGAGGGCCGUCGUCUUGGAGAUUUCUCCAGUCUCUGUUAAACCAGCAGCUAAAACCUGCAUAGGUGCGUUCCUGCUCUUACUGGUCCUGUGAAGUCGGGUGGAGCAUAAAGGAAGGAGCAUGAGUUUUGGUCUUAUAUCGCUCUGAGUUCCAACCCUGGAUUCACCACUUACCACUUCUGGGAUACUGGACAAUUUCCAAUUUCUUCCAGUUUCAAGGAGAGAAGCCAAUAUAAUUUUUUACCCAUCAGAGGAAUGACAUAACUCCAUCCUGACAGUCUUAUAUUUCCAGCGUAGAGAGAAUGGUAGAAGGAACACCUCUCUGUCUUCUCCCAGGGAUCCCAGAGUUGAUAAUUGACUAGGAUCCUUCUUCCAGUAAGGACCACCAUGGAAGGGUCCAUGGGAAAGAUCACAGGUCUCUUGUGGUCUGCUGCACAUCAGGAAGGCUGUGAUGGGAAUUAAUGUGAAAAGGCGUUGCCUCUGCCUUGAAAAUCGUCUUCUAGAAGGAGAAAAGCUGCUCCAUAUGGUAGUUGGCUCCAAGGGACAGAGCACAUUGUAGAAGGAAACGGAUGGAAGGAGCUCAGGGCGCGCCAAACGCAUGCCUGCCGUGGUCUAGUCCGGGGAAGCCCUUGUGUGGGGCCCUGGCAUUCUGGGAUGUCGCCAGGUCUGGACGCAUGGCUGAUUGCUGAAUGAUGAUGGUUCGCCGGGGGCUGCUGGCCUGGAUUUCUCGGGUGGUGAUUUUGCUUGUGCUCCUCUGCUGCGCCAUCUCCGUCCUCUACAUGUUGGCCUGCACCCCCAAAGGCGACGAGGAGCAGCUGGGGCUGCCCCGGGCCAACGGCCCAACAGGGAAAGAGGGGUACCAGGCUGUCCUGCAGGAGUGGGAGGAGCAGCACCGCCACUACAUCAGCAGCCUGAAGAAGCAGAUAGCGCAGCUCAAGGACGAGCUCCAGGAAAGGAGCGAGCAGCUCAAGAACGUGCAGUACCACGCCAGCGACCCCGCGGGCCAGGGCGUGGACCGGGGCGCCCCCGAGAAAACCCAGGCGGACCUCCUGGCCUUCCUGCACUCCCAGGUGGACAAGGCGGAGGUGCACGCCGGCGUCAAGCUGGCCACGGAGUACGCAGCAGUACCUUUUGACAGUUUCACCCUGCAGAAAGUCUACCAGCUGGAGACGGGCCUGACCCGCCACCCGGAGGAGAAACCCGUGAGGAAGGACAAGCGCGAUGAGCUGGUUGAAGCGAUUGAAUCAGCCUUGGAGACCCUGAACAACCCAGCGGAGGGCAGCCCAAUUCAGCGCACCUACACAGCCUCGGAUUUCAUAGAAGGGAUCUACCGAACAGAAAAAGAUAAAGGCACUUUGUACGAGCUGACGUUCAAAGGGGACCAAAAACAUGAAUUCAAACGACUUGUCUUGUUCCGACCGUUUGGCCCUAUCAUGAAAGUCAAAAAAGAAAACCUCAACAUGGCCAGCACGCUUAUCAACAUUAUCGUGCCCCUGGCAAAGAGGGUGGACAAAUUCCGGCAGUUCAUGCAUAAUUUCAGGGAGAUGUGUAUCCAACAGGACGGGCGAAUUCAUCUCACCGUUGUUUAUUUUGGGAAAGAACAAAUGAAUGAGGUCAAAGGAAUACUUGAAAAUACUUCCAAAGCUGCCAACUUCAGGAACUUUACCUUCAUCCAACUGAAUGGAGAAUUCUCUCGAGGAAAGGGACUUGAUGUUGGUGCCCGCUUCUGGAAGGGAAGCAAUGUUCUCCUCUUCUUCUGUGAUGUCGACAUUUACUUCACCACUGAAUUCCUCAAUACGUGUAGGCUGAACACUCAGCCAGGGAAAAAGGUAUUUUAUCCAGUCCUUUUCAGUCAGUACAAUCCUGGCAUAAUCUACGGCCAUCAUGACUCAAUUCCUCCCUUGGAGCAGCAGCUGGUCAUAAAGAAGGAAACUGGAUUUUGGAGAGACUUUGGAUUUGGGAUGACAUGUCAGUAUCGGUCAGACUUCAUCAAUAUCGGUGGGUUUGAUUUGGACAUCAAAGGCUGGGGAGGAGAGGAUGUUCACCUCUAUCGCAAGUACCUCCACAGCAACCUCAUAGUGGUGCGCACGCCCGUGCGGGGACUCUUCCAUCUCUGGCACGAGAAGCGUUGUGUGGAUGAGCUGACCCCGGAGCAGUACAAGAUGUGUAUGCAGUCCAAGGCCAUGAAUGAGGCCUCCCACGGGCACCUGGGGAUGCUGGUCUUCAGGCACGAGAUCGAGGCUCACCUCCGCAGGCAGAAACAGAAGACAAGUAGCAAAAAGACAUGAGCUCCCAAGGAUGGAUUUUGAAGACAUUUUAUUGUUUUUUUUCCUUUUGCAAUUACCGAAAGAUUGGCUGCAACAAGGAAAAGACUUCUGUAAAGGGCAACAGAAAAAUUUGACCAAUGAGGAAAAGAGACAAGAGGAGAGCCCCGCCAUUCUCUCUCUGCUGAGUUGGCUUGUAUGCAGCAGAAAUGAAAACCUCCCACUUUUGCCUGCAAAAGUAGCCCACAUGCACCCUGGCCAGGGUCUCAACAAAGGCAGAAUGAUUGUGAGAUUGGGAGCCUGGAAGUGAGGAGGUGUUGGGUAUUGUUUGGUGUUUACAGCAAAAUGAGAUCUAUUGUUUUCUGUGCUCACUGAAAUAUUCAUGAAUUAAGAGCAGUUUUGUAAAAAGUUAAUUAGAAUGAAAGGCAAGCACAUUUUUUCCCAUAUGAAUGAUUAUAUCGGUAGUUGCUAAGAAUGCUAAAAUACCAGAAGGCCUUAGGAAAUAUGGAGAUACACCCAUCGCCAUCCUUGUGAGUCCAUUAGGCAAAACCAAAUGGACCAAAAAAAGGAAAGAAACCAUAAAUGUCGUUUCCCCCCAACAUUAGCCAAAAAUAAUCUGUUCAUUUUUUUCUUUUGUACUUAUAGCCAUCUCCAUUUGGUUAAUUCGGUUUAAAAAUGCACUUUUUUUUUGCUUUUUGCUUGUGAGUUAGAUUCUGCUUAUUUAAAUACCGAUUUGCAGGCCUUACUAAGCAAACACAAGUUACCAUACGUUUUUAUAGUUUUAAAGGCGAUGCUUUUAGAAGCAUUACGGGAACGUUGAGUUCAAAACAUGAAAUUGAGAUCCGUACAGUACCCAGAUCCGUACCCAAGGACAAUGCCAAAUGCUGCCUCCUGUCAGACACUGAGCUUCAGAUCUUUUAGUCAUGUGGAAGGCAUAGUUGGGGGUUACUGAUAGAAUAAGACAGCUACUUUAUCUGAAGAGUAUUUCUGAAGAGGAGCAACUGAACACUGGAGGAGUAAAAAAAAAAAGCUUUUCACCUUUCACAGAAAAAAAAAUAUUCAGACUGGUAGUAUCUCAAUAUAUUUAAAAGUCAGAAAACAUUUUCUCCUCAGGAAAACUGGGGACGACUUUCUUACCUGUUUAAAUAAACCAAAGUAUACUGUGUGAACCAAACAAUCUUUUUUCAAAGCAGGGUGCUCUUCCUGGCUUCUGGCUUCACUGAGAAGAAAUGCAGAAAAAUACAUUUUGGUGACAGAUCAAUCCAUCUGCCAGUGUCUAGUGGAACGCAAGUUUUUGCUACGUAUUCACCCACCCCAGUCUUGGGGGAAGAAACUGAACUCUUUUUUUUUUUAAUUAAGCAGUUCUACUUGGUCACCAAGAUGCUUCUGAGAAUUGCAUUUUAUUACAGUUUCAAACUAUUUUUAAAAAAUAAAUACAGUUAACACUGAUUUCUACAUUCAUGUGAAAAUCAUUUAUUAGCCAGUACCAGAUGCAUGAGCUAAUUAUCUCUCUGAUUCCUUGCCUUCUGUUUGCCCACAGUAAACUCGUUAUUUAAAACCUUCAAGAGCAUUCAAGCUGUUGGUGUGUAAAAAAAAAAUGCAUUGUAUUGAUUUAUACUGGCACUUCAUAAAAUUUAAUUAAAACACAGGACAUGAAUGGAAGGUAGCAUUGGAUAGCUAAUAAACCAUGAUUUAUAUUGGAACCCUGGAGUAAGAAUGCCAUGUCUUUAGUUUUUGGAAAACAGUUAUCUUGAGCGUAGAUCAGAUGUCUCAACCUUAGCGCUACUGAUAUAUUUGGGCCUGAUCAUUCUGUCCUGUGCACUGCAGGAAGUUUAGCAGCAUCCCUGGCCUCCACCCACUGGAUGCCAGUAUAGCAUCUCUCACCUAGCUGUGACAGCCACAAUGUCUCUAGUCAUUGCCAGAUAUCCCCUAAACCCAGUGCCCUCGAGUCGAUUAGAGGUCAAAAAUCACCCCUGGUUGGGAACCACUGGUCUGGAAGGAGGUGAGAACCAUAACGAAGAGCCAUUUAUCCAUUUUUUGACCUUUGUAAUUAGAAGAAAUAGAGAAUGAUUUCUAAGGUCUCUUUUGACUCUGUGUUUAAUGUUGUCACAUGGAAUGAUGAUACUGGAGACUCAGGGCUGACCUCUGGCUGUCUCCCCAGUGGUGCUAUUGUAUUUUGUGACACACCUGCAUCCUCUUGCCCACGUUCUCCCAGUGUCAGGAGGACGCAUUUCCAAUAAGGGUGGUGGCCUUGGUCAAAUGUUUUGACCAUGGAAUCAGGCAGGUAUAAGUGUCCCAUGGGGGACAGUGGAGGUCCAGUGGUAGAAUUCUCGCCUUCCAUGUGGGAGAUCCAGGUUUGAUUCCUACCCAGUGCACCUCGUGCAAAGUCCACCUGUCUGUCAGUGGAGGCUGUGUGUUGCUAUGAUGUAAACAGGUUUCAGCAGAGCUUCCAGACUAAGAUGCACUAGAAGAAAGCCCUCGUGAUAUACUCAUUGACAUUGAGUAGAUUCCGACUCAUAGUGACCCUAUAGGACAGAGUAGAACUGCCCUACAGAGUUUCCAAAGAGCACCUGGUAGAUUCAAACUGCCGACCUUUUGGUUAGCAGCCAUAGUACUUAACCACUAUGCCACCAGGGUUUCCAGGCCUGGUGAUAUACUUCCACAAAUCAGCCAGUGAAAACCUGAUGAAUCACAAUGGUCUGAUCCACAACUGAUCACGAGGAUGGUGCAGGACCAGGCAGCAUUUCAUUCCGUCGUGCAUAGUGUUGCCAAGAGUCAGGGGCCAACUCGAUGGCAGCCAACAAGUGUCCCAUACUUGGUGCAUUCCUAGACUGCAUUUGACGGGCUAAUCAUGUGUUUGUUUAAAUUGCACAUAGCAGGUGCCUGACACAGUGGUUAAAAAAUAGAAACUGAAUUUUAAAAAUCACCCGAGACGCCUGAAGAAAAGAGGAAAUAGCACGAUAUUUAUCUAUUUUCAAUGCUUAGGUAAAAUGAUUUUAUCAAAGGGUAGCCAUGGCACCCACAUAAGGAAACUCAGCAAGAAGGGAUCUGUCCUAAUCUCCUGCCAAAGACAUACACAAGGGUUGGCACAGGCCCCACUGAAAAAUUAUAAUUAGGUGCCUGGAAUUUAAACUUAGACAGCAAAGGAGGACAACUCCUGUGGAGGAAUCACUGAGUCUUGGGCUUGUCUAAGGCCCCUUCCAACUCUCCACAUACUUUCUGUAUUCUCCUCUACGUGCAUUGCCCAGUGACCAGCCCAGGCAUCUCACUGGAACUUGGCCCUCUAGUAUAAAACUUGGGGUCUCUUUCAAGCAGCAGUGUGCUGGAGGAGGCUCAUGAGAGCCGAUUAUUAGCAUCUUUUCGUAGUUCCUCAUUCAGUGAUGGUAGGUUGGUAGCUUGAAAUCAACCAUGGUGGGAGUAUUUACACCAUGAAAAUCAGAAACGGGCGAAUGCUAUCAAUCAGGGUUUUCCCCCACCCAGAGUUAAGUAUUCAGCAGCACACCACUGUCUCCAAGUCACAUAGCCUCUCCUUCUUGGGCUCAAUUUUCCCUCCAAUCUUACUUUAUGCCCCUCUUUGUAUUUGUAAAUGUGGCCUACUUGCGUUUCUCUAUAAGUCAGUGAUGGGAGAGAAUCAGGCCUAGGAAUUUCAACAGUUAAACAGAACUUCACACAGCUCUAUUUUUGAAAUUUUGCCUGAACGAAAUAUAUAUAAUAUAUAAUCCUGAAAAGUAAGAAAAUAGCAAAACAAAUUUAACAAUGUUUUUUUUCAAGGAAGAUCUUCUAAUCUUAUCUUACCAAGAUUUAGUACAAGGUGGUCAUAAAUAUCAUGGCUUCUCCUGUUUAGACCGCUGGGCUCAAAUCCCAGUUCUUUAACUUGCCCCCUAUGUGAUCUUAAAUCGUUCACCCAGCAUCUGAGUAUCUCAGUGUCCUCUUCAGGGUUAUGAAGGGAACAGCAUCUAUGUUAUACGAUUCUGGUUAAGAUUAAAUGAGUUAACAUGUGUGAAGUCCUUUGGACAUUUCAGGCAUAUAGUAGGUAUUUGACUACCUAUUUUAUCUAACACGAAAUUCCUCACUUGUGACUGUCAGUGUCUGUUAUGCCUCCCAGUGUCCCCAGCACCUUGUGGACAUUAUCAGAUGACCAGCAGUGGCCACACAGUAGAGAUUAUGAAACCAUCAUGUACCCUGUUGUCCUUUAUUUCUGUCAUUAUGAAAACAAUCUCAGUCCAUCUGGAGGAAAAGGUUACUAGAAGUGUCAACUUUAAUGGAUAAUUCCUACCUUAAACACAUGUUCAGUAAUUUGGAGUUGAUGACCCCCUAGGUUGUUCGGAGCCAUUAGUGGGUUUUGAAGUAGGGGACAGAGCCAGUAGGUAACACCCAAAAAAAACCAACUGCUACUGAGUCAACUUCAACUCACGACAACCCCACGUGUGUCAAAGUCGAACUGUGCUCCAUACUGUCUUCAAUGGCUGAUUUUUCAGAAGUAGAUACCAGGUCUUUCUUUUGAGGUACCUCUGGGUGGACUUGAACUUCCUACCUUUUGGUUAGCAGCCUAACACGUUAACCAUUUGCCCAGCCCGCGACUCCUCAGGUAACAUCAAUACUUCCAUUUUUCAAGUGAGGAAAACAAAGGCUCAGAAAUGCUGAGGAACUUGCUGUGCCGCUGGGCCAGUUCUCAUGCUUUGACUUCUUCAGCCCCUUAUCACGAGUUCCAGACGAGCUGGGAGGUCUGGGGGAAAAGGUUUUGGCCUGGGCCGAGUCCCUAGCCUGCCCUUUGGCUUCGUUUUCCCGCUGUUUUUCUGCCCUCCUGCCCCACUUGAGAAGUCUCUCAACUAGGAAUGAAAACUUGUUAACACAGUGAUCCAUGAACAGUUAAGC